GCCAAGAUACGGACAUCAGAUCAAGCCCCGUCAGAUCCAAAGACGAUGGGUGUAUCGAAGCGGGUAUCGUAUACGGCCUGAGCUACUUUUUGUCUUCGCCCUGCGCACCAUACCUCUUUCCCAACAAACUGCAUUGCCGGAUAGCGUCAUACAUGGAUGUAAAGUGGUAUCCCGCUGCCGGUUGCUGGCCCGCUCUCGGAGGGGGGGCGCAGACAAGGCCAUAUGGCAAAGUUGGAAUACGCUGUGGCACGGUGGUAUCUCGGGUUGAAGGUGGGAUGAACACUCGGGCGAGAGGAAGGAUGAUGAGAUGAUGUCUGCAUAACAGGAGGUCUUUCACUGGCGGGAUGACGACCGAUGGACAUGAGGUUGCAGAGAUGUAACAUGUUCAUAUCUCCUGGUUGAUAUCAAUUGCUUGUUAGCCCACCCCUCUCUUGCCUUUUGCUACAAUUAUCAUUGAAACUCCUUUUGUGAGCACACAAUUGCCAGAAUGGCUCUUCCUAGCGAAACGAGGGCUGUUAUCAUUGCCUCCAUAGGCAAGGCCGAGAUCAAGUCGGUCCCCCUCCCUACGCUUCGAGACGACUACAUACUCGUCCGGACGACAGCCGUGGCGUUGAAUCCCACCGAUUGGAAGCACGUCUACGGGAUCAACCUCGGACCUAAUCAGCCAACCGUUAUCGGCACCCGUGUAGGCUGCGACUACGCCGGCAUCGUCGAGCAAGUUGGGCCCAAAGUGACCAAGACCUUCAAGAAGGGAGACCUCAUCUGCGGCCCGGCCCACGGAUCCAACGCCGUUCAGCCAGAGGACGGGACGUUUGCAGAAUACAUCGUGGUGAAAGGGGAUGUUCAGAUCAAGGUGCCUUGUAACCUCAAAGACUACGAAGCAGCCACGUUGGGAAUUGGGAUAACAACUGCUGGCCAAGGCCUGUACCAAGCCCUCUCCCUCCCCCUCCCUCCGCCAGCUUCUCCUGUCCCGGACCCGGACCCGGACCCCAGAAGAAAGAUCUUGAUCUACGGCGGCAGCACGGCCACCGGCCUCCUCGGUAUCCAGUUCGCCGCUUUAUCUGGAUACACCAUCGCCACGACUUGUUCCCCACACAACUUCUCCCGAGUCCGGUCGCUCGUCGGCAACGGCAGCGUUUCUGCAUAUGACUACCGCUCUCCGACCCUAGCGUCAGACUUGAAAGCAUGGGCUGGCGACGAUCUGACGGUGGCAUGGGACUGCAUAGCGAGCACUGACUCGGCAAAGUUGUGCGCUUCUGUGCUGGCGAAGGAAGGCGGGAAGUACAGGUCUCUGCUGAGGGUGCCGGACGAGGUGGUCAAGGGGGUGAAUGGCAAGGUUGACAGCGGGUUCACGUUUGCGUAUACGGCCUUGGGGGAGGCGUUCAGGAAGGCGGUGGAUAUCCCGGCUGUGGAGGAGGAUUUUGAGUUUGCGAAGCAGUUUUGGGAGCUGGCUAGAAAGUUGUUGGCGCAGGGAAAGGUGAAGACUGUGGAGGCGGAGAUCAAUAGGGGUGGGAAGGGGGGGUUGGAAGGGGUGUUGGUUGGGUUGCGGGAGUUGAAGGAAGGGAGGGUGAGUGGGAGAAAGUUGGUGUACACUUUUGAGAGGUGA